AGAUUCUGUAUCAAGUCAGCUGUAUGAGUUUUACCGGUCUGGACACCUAGAAUUGAAGCGGUUCUGUAUACAGUUUGUCCCCCUUCUAGUAUGGCAGUAUCUUCGUUCUAUCGCAAUGCAAGAGACAAUUGGAAGAAUAGAGAGUUUGCUUCUUGGUAUAUACAACCUGGAGGUUGUAGAAGCUGAUGGAACUCCCAGAGCAGAGACAUUCACCAUUCCAACAUUGGCAAGGCCAUCAAUAUUCCAUGAGCCGAUGAGUCCACUGUCGCUGUCUGAUAAUAUUCUUCUCAGUCAUCAGAACGAUCAUACUGUGCUCACCAGAGGGCCUCUUCCACAGAUCAGUACUGUCAACGGUCAGAACAGGGGUAGUAUCAUAUGUCAUGUACUGGCCCAGUAUAACGCUGAUAUAGGCUUCCUCUCUUCACUCUCACUUCAGUCCAUGUGUGCAGUCUAUUCAAGACUUGCCCUGACUGGGUUUAGUAACAGCAUUCCAGGUCAUCCACCUUCCUCCUCCACCUCAUCAUCAUCAGGUCAAAGGUCAAAGAGCACUGACCUUCAUCUUAACCUUCACAACCAUCCCAGGAUACCCCUCACACCCAAUAUCCUCCUAGAGAUGAUGACGGGGGUCUAUUUUGCGAUGUUCAAUGGGCAUGCUACAGCAGCCACUCAAGCUCUUGAAGACAUCCACUUCAGGGCAAGCUACGAGCUCUAUCCAGAGGUCCUUCUGGUUACCAACGCCAUCAAGAACUCCCUUGAGACUAAUCCCUCAGGUCGUCCUAGCGAUGGACCCGUCGGUAUCAACAUUGCAGUCACUCCAGCAUCUCCUGUAGUUAAGAGAGCAGCUAUCACAAAUGCAUCCUUCAAAAAUAGGAGAAAUAAAGCUGAUACACCAACUACCACAACCAUUACAGUCAUGAUUGAAGGAGUGGAGAAGGGUGACAGGAGACUUCCAAGAAGUGCAGAGAAAAUCGUAGUCCGGAAAACAAAUUCUGAUCAUGUAACAGACGAUCAACGGUCACCACGUAGCCAUGGAAACAAGGACUUUCAUGAAAACGGCACCAAGCCCGACGAGUCUCAUCCGUUGAUCAAACAAAGGACCAGUAGAAGCCUUGAGGCUCUGGAACUCAAGAACAUCUCAAACUUGACUCUUACGACGAAUGGCAAGAGCAUGGAGAGUUCAUCGCACAGUGACACACAUUCUGCAAGGACUUCACCAUCGUCCAAGUUCACACCUUACGGUAGGUCACUGUCGAAGGAAAAUUUGCAUGGAUCGGAGGACAACCUGAUAAGUGGGGAGGUAUCUCCAACAGAGAAGACUGGACUUAUGGAUGGUUUACGGGUGAGAUACUCUGGAGUAAACGGAGGACAGAAUUCUAAUAGCAACAGCAGUGGGGCAGGCAGCCGGAAUAGCACAAGUUAUGAGACAACACUAUGAUGAAGUACCUUUUAUUAGAGUUUGGGAAUGAAGAAAAUGAUUAAAUGAACCGACAAUCUUUUUUUUUUCUGUAAAACAUACAGAUUUGAAUUCUUGUUGGACUGUACUGGAGAGUCAUGUGAAGACUUCUUAUUAAUGCUGUCAUUCCAAAGGAUAACGCUGAGAUUGAAAUGGAAAAUAAAAUGUCAACUCAUUAGUGUAUCUUGAGAGAUUCAAUCUUGUCGAUCAUGAUUUUAAAGAAUGUUUAAUAUCACAAUAUAAGUAUUGAUGUAGAUCAACUUAUUGACAGAAAUCUACCCAAAACUGUACAAAACACUAGCAUUACUUCAAGUAACUCCAUGGAUAUUGUUUGAAAUAUUCUUUGUCCACCAAUACAAUAAAAAAGUAUAUCAUUCAGAUAGAAGAAGGGAUGGACCCCUCCUGGUUUAAUACAUGGUCACAUUUCUGCCGGCUUCUGCAUGGCCUUAAUCCCAGGCAUGUGUACAUUGUCUGUGGGAGAAAACUGUUAUCCAGCGGCCUUGUGACUCAAAACUCCCAAACGUGGAUCCAUCCGACUGACCUGAAGAAUGCAUUUUAUAGUAUGCGACCAGCCACCCCAACACCAAUAUUAAGUUGCCCAAAAUAAAUGUUGAAGUUUGGGGUUCACUCAAGCAUGAGAUGUGCUCACUGUGCAACUUCCAAGCAGUUCUCAUAAGAACUUGUGUAAAAGAAACUCUUGCUAUCUUAAGUUCUAUUCAUUUUGUAAAACUGGAAAUUUUGAAAGUAUGACAAAAAUUAUUAACUCUUUCAGAUCAGUUCAUUUUUUAACUUUUUCUUCUUGAAGACCAAAUUACUAUUGUGGCCAUUUACAGAGAGCCUUCCCCAGUAUAUUGUUUGUUAUGGGGGUGGCUGGUCUCAUAUGUUGUCACUUGACUCUGAAGUAAAGUUUUGAUACUAUGUACAUGUAGGUGUAGGAUAAAGACAGGUCAAAUCUGUUCAUGUGCGGACAGUCUUUCUAUGUAUGAUCAUUUUUUUAUUUUAUUUAGAAAGUGUUGCAAAGUGAGUGUCAUUGGCUCCCUGUUGAGGUUGCUGAUGCUACAUGUGUUUGUUUUUAAGUCUGUUUCCAUUCGGACCAUGAGAAUCUAAUAACAGUGUGAAUAGGUCCUCUGCCAUGGCUGAUUUACAGCAAUGCGUUUUUUUUUACCACCGGUGUGAAAAGGUGUGUGAUGGCAUUUCUGUGCUGUAGGCAGAAGUGAGAACAGACUCUCAACGUCAUGUAUUUGUUUAUGUUAAUCAUCCCAUUGCUUCCAAUAAGAUUUAUAUACACAUGUACAUAACACUAUAUACGCUGAUUUCCAAAGCAAUUAUUGUUAUCUUUCAAUCUUUCUAACCUGCACAGUCUAUCUGAAGGCAGAGAGACAGGUUGUAUGGUGCAGCGAUUCCGUCUCAGGGUGUAAUAGAAGUAGAUAUUGAUUGACAUUCUUCAGAGGAACUCUAUAUUAUGAACAGUUAUCAUGCAUUUUUAAAGUACAGAGAGUGGAGCUUUUGUUACAUGCAGACAUAUUCAUGUACAUGCUUUGUUAUGCUGCCAGGGCCCUGUUGCAUAAAACCAUGGACCUACUAGAGACGGACACCCACAACUAAUUCACAAGCAUGUGACCAUCAUUGUGCUCUGAAUAAAAUUCUCUUCAUAUUUUUCUACUUUCAUCCUACCGUGUUCCGCUGUCAAUUAGGCCAUGAGUUGAAAGAAGCAGUUUGUGAUUAGACAUUGAUAUUGCACAAACUGUAUGCACAGAAGAUGAUGAACCACUUAAAUCCUGGAAAAUCAAUGUACAGUUCUGGUUUACCUUUGGCAAUCUUAGUUCUGUGUGUUUUCUUUGGGAAAAUGUACAUUUAUGCAUAUUUUAUUUUAGAGGCAAUAUUUUGAUUGUCUAUCAUGUAUAAUCCCAUUUUUCCAAUUUUCCUCCUAAUAAUCAAGAGAUAAUGGCUCAUAUCGUGUAGAGAGCAGUAUCUUUUAAUGUUUUUUAGGUCAUUAUGUGCGUGCAGAUUAUUAAUAAUAACAUAUUUUAUGUCACAAAAUCGUCUGUUUCUUAAUAUUGCUGCUUCAAAUCUAGAGCAUGUUGAUUGAAAAGCAUUUUCUAAUACAGCGCAUCAGCCAACAAAAACCAAAACCAGGAAAGAUGCCCCUUUGUAAAUUAUAAGAUACGCCUUGGUAGUCGCUAUUGUCAAAACACCUGUAUGUUCUCAUUAAGAUGCAUAUAACACUAGGCGGCAGAUCUUGUUCGAUCAAAGAAAUGAAUAGCGUUGAAUGUCCAUAUCUAAUAGGUCUAUGAUAACACUUUUACCCCCCAAAAAAAAAAACUUGCGCAAAAAAUAGUGAUUCUUUUAUGCAACAGGCCCCAGGAAAGUUUUAUUUUCAAAAUUGUGUUUCACUCUUAAAGCUCUGAAUAGGGUAUAAAUCAUUGACUGUGUAGGAGACAUGCAUGGAUGCAUAUUUCAUUAGAACAGCCACAAAGAUUGGUUAAAAUCAUGAAUGUAGACUGCUUCAAUGCCAUUUUGUGUAGUAUUUUAUUAUAGAGCUGUGGCUUGGUACAUGUAUUUGGUGUUACCAGACAUUACAAGGAAAUUGAAUGAAAGAAGUAUCAUUUAAAUUAAGUUUCAUAUCACUGCAUGUUUCGCUUGACAGUACCUGUGAUAUAGGUACUAUGUUUCACAUAGACACUAUCAAUACUUAAUUUAGCAUUGUUUGUAUUUUAUGUAGAGUUUAUCAUGUAUUUAUGCCAUAGUGUGAAUGAUUUAUUGGAUAAUGCUACAUUCUGUGACAAAUGUUUGUAUAAGAAAACUAGUACAAAAGGUCUAGAUGUAUAUUUUCAUUUCACAUAUAAUAUUGAAAAGCAUUGAUUUCUUGGCAGACACCAAAUACAUGCAUGUUGUAGAAAAAAAAAAGAAUACAGAUGCAAAAAAAUCUCUAUGGUAGAAAUUCACAGCUGGGCUGGAAAUUAUAAGUGUAAUCUAUGAAUUUUGAAGACAGAUAAUAUGAUUUCAGUACUCUUUUCGGUAAGGGAGGGGGGUGUUAGAUGUUGAAGAUUUGUACAUGAUGUCUCACAUAUAAUGGAUGAACAGGUGAUUUUGUAAUUCCUAACAUUUUUCUAACCUUCAAUUAAAAUAAUUUUGCUGGAACUUUCAGGUUUAAUGCAAAAUGUGAUUUAGUAAGAAUCAUGUCGUAUCAGAUCGCAUAAUGUGCGCUGGGCUUGAAAUGCAUGUAUUUUGAAAUGCACAAAUUAUAAUUACUUGUUGACUCAUCCUCUGUAAAUAAGUUUGGUAGUCCUCCGACCAAGCUAAUGAUCGAUCCCAAGUACUUGACAUGUUUUUCGGCGGUUGAAUCAUCAACUUUGCGAUGAAGAUAGCGACUGAACUUUUGUAGGAAGUCAUCUGAUGCAGUCACUUGAAAUUAAAUAGAAAGUUAGGACUAGAGUUUUAAUUAUAUUUCUGUGAAAAGUGUGUCAUUAGAGAAAUAUUAAAUAAUUUUCAGAAUUCAAGGUCUAUAAAAACUAUUUACAAACCCAGAAAGAAGAGGAUCGAGGGUAUUUGUAUUCCAGUUCAUUGUGACUUAGCCGUGAACCAGAAUAGCCUGGUGGUUGAGUCGCUGCCCGGCAAGCAGUAGAUGACAGGUUCAAAUCCCACUGGUUCCAAUUUUUUCUGACUUAUGAUUUUCAUUACAGAUCGUGCAUGCGAUCUUAAACAAAUAGGAAUAAUGCCGAAAAAAUUGUUCAAUAAUUAUUAUUACCUCCUAUUAAAGCCCCUUUAUUUACAUAUAAUUAUUGUUAUGCUAGUUUGCACUCUAAACUUGCCCACCCAAAUAUUUUUGACAUACUGUGUGCAUUGCAUGCGCCCUCAUCAGUUACCUACCCGCCAGUGCAAAACAGCAUAUAAUUCACUUCAUUCUUGGUUAUUGUCAGAUACUGCACAUACAAAAGUGCAGCAUCAUACUGUAAUGGCAACAGCAUCAUAAUUGGGAUGUCCAAACUUCCAAGAUGAUUUUCUGUACAACUGGACGAUCUCGCCGAGAAACCAAUGAAUUUCAACAAUUUCUCCUUUUGAUACUUAACACAUGACAGGCUGAGAAUCCAUGAUGACUUCUUUCAUCCACUUCUCAACUUUGGGGAAUUCCCCUUAUCAAUUUCGGGCCCCCCCCCCCCCCAAUCUUUCUAUGUGUAUAUUGUACAUGUUUGGCUGAUGACAGCUUAAACUUUUUUAGUUAUUUGGCAUUUUAGUAUGAGUACUAUUAUUAAACUAGAUUUGAGUGCAGGCACUUUUUAUUUACCCUUAAUUUAUUACACAAUAUUUCAUUAUGUUGAUAAAUUUAUAUUAUUUUAAAUACUGUUUGAUUUUACAUAUGAUGAUAUGAAACAUAUUCUGUACAUUUAUUUAUAAUAAUGAUCAUCCCAUAACCUCUAUUAUUCGCCUUCUCUGUUUGAAAGUUUAAAGUCAUAUUAUAUUGUGAAUACCAUUUGUAGGAACAAAGAUUUUAUUUCCACAUACAUGUAUCUCUAUAGAUGCAUCAUUUGAAUCUGAAGUACCAUUUUUCCACUAAUGCUAUAUUCACUACUGCAUGAUUACUCUAAUGAACCCUAUGAUUUAAAUAUUAUGCACAUACAUCGUCAGAUCAAGGAUCCUUUACAAAAGUUACUAUUAUUGUAACUUUCCAUCUGAUGGUGACUUCUGUGGAUUUCUUGAUUUGAUUGGCUAUUGAAUAUUGUUACCACGGUAGUUACUUUUUUCAAGGCAGUUAUCAGUACAUUAAAUUUUUUGAACAGGGAUCUGGUGGGUGUUUCAUAAAGCUGUCCGUAAGUUAAGAGCAUUUUUAGGAACGACUGGUGAUCCUUGUGGUAAAUGGUAUGUUCAUUGGCGAUGGUUUAGCGCGUAAAAAAGGAUCACCAGUCGUUCUUAAAGUCGCUCUUACGAACAGCUUUAUUAAACUGCCCCGUUAUGAUUAUGACAGCAGCAAUAAUUUGGUAAUGAAAGGGAGUUGAAAUAGUUUGUGCAUUUAACUUAGUUUUCUAAUGUUUUGUAUGUUUUUUGUUAACCAAAAGUAGCAAUUUCUUUGAUGAUUGAACUUUUUCUAUGUGUAGAAUGCACCAGACAGACUUACUUUUAGAAAAAUAAUAUGUAAUUCAUGAUAUAACAUACCUGUAUUACAAUUUACAUCCUUCAGAUUUUUUUAUCCCAUUAAUAGACCAGUUCAUAGUUAAUUCAGGUCAAAAAUAAUCUUCAAUCCAUGGAUACAAAUUACAUAUAGAAAUAAAUCGGAUCAUCUGCACUUUAUACUGGUUUGAAACGGAGAACAGUUUCACGUCCGAUCCGAACACUUCUUCAGCUCGUCUGAACUAGCGGGAAAUUGUUGUUGCCACUUGGCGGCGAUGCUCAAUUGAUGUUAUUGUCUUCAAACCAGUAAGUCCAGAUGAUCAAAUUUAUUUCUACCGGUAUUCGUAUUUUGUAUUUCAUCCUGGAUGAAUCACAACAUACAUCAGUUUAUCAAUCCAUGGAUAUUUCAAAACAUGAAGUGCAAAACUUUAACAGAGCAGUCUCUAAUAAAGUCACAUAGGUGUCUGAUGAAUAGCUUUUAAUUCCCUUUUGAAAAUUGAAAUGCCUCUACCUUCAUAUUAAAGAUUGUCCCAUUGCAGAAAGAAUUGUGUUAAGACGCAACUCAAAAAAUCAAACACAAAUCAUAAAUAAGUGUUUAUGAUUGGCUCAAAACCAAGUUGCAUUUGACUACAACUUUCUGCAACGGGCUUGUGGGGACAGGCUCAUGGUAAUAUCCAAUGUAUACAUGCUCAUUUCAGCUUUGGGCACCAAGAGAUUAGCCAUUCAACUCGCCAGCUUUUCAUAAUCAAUGAGAAUUGAUGCUCGGAAUAAAACUUGCAUGAAUCAUGUGCUGCUAUGUUAGGUUAUCCUCAAAGAGUUUCAAGUCUGGGUUUUAGAUUACGACUUGAAAUUACCUUUUUCCAUGUUUCUUUACAUGUUCAUAAUUUGUCUAUGAACUGGCUUAUAGGCUCACUUGCACUAUGUAGGCACAAUCUCCACUCCCUGGGGAGUGUUCCAACUUGCCAAGUCCAUUUGUAAAAAGUUUACUUUCUCAUCAUUUAGAGUCUUUGUUUGUGGUUACUUUGUGUGGUUGACUUUGCAUCAUGACAUAAUUUUCAUGCAUAUAAGAACAAAUUAUCUUCAUGUAUAUUAGAAGUAUAUGUUACACAAAUAUAUAUUUAUAUUGAUUUUUGUACACGUUCCACCGUUUCCAUGGAAACUACAUAAGAAUGUUAGAUGGUAUCUAGUGCAGUGUCGAGAUAAAGGGUGUAGAUCUUUGUAAUGGGGAAAGAUGUAUGCUGUAGAUUUGAAUACUGUAUGUGUGGGAAAUGUAGAAUUGAAGCUGCAUUUCACAUGGGUAAUAAAGGUAUUGAACAGAAAAA